CGAACAUAAUAGCCAAUCGUUCUAAAGAUGGCUGAGCCAGGCGAAAAUCAAUCUUAAGACGUAUUUUCUGGAAUAAUGGCUUCGCAAAGCGUUUUACAAGCUAAUGAAUUUAGUCAGUCGACAUUAGUUGAGCAAUGGAAACAAAAAUACCAGACGGGGGAUUUUGUGAGCCUUCUCAAGAGACACUGGCGCGAAUAUGUUCUGAUCGUGUUUCAACCAUCAGAUGACCAGACACGUGAGGAGAGACUUGCUAACAAGUACUUGUUUGGACCCCUGGAGCACUUUCUUUGCGAUGGGGAUCCCGAGACCGUGUUUCAGGAGUUGAAAGAGAAGGACCAGCCCUCACAGCUCUGUGGACAUGUAUUUAAGAAUGGAGAACCCACAUAUUCUUGCAGGGAGUGUGCCACAGACCCAACAUGUGUUCUAUGCAUGGACUGUUUUCAAGCAUCACCUCAUAAGAAACACCGAUACAGGAUGAGCACUUCGGGAGGUGGAGGGUAUUGUGACUGUGGCGACCCGGAGGCAUGGAAGAUAGAUCCGUUUUGCGGCAACCAUAAACCCAAGGAGGAAACACAGACAGCUGAGAACUCAAUGGACAGCCUGCCUGAUCUCCUGGUAAACCGAGCAUCGGCUCUGUUCCUGGCGUGUCUCCGCUACACAGUGGAGAUCCUUACCUGGGAGCAGUCUGACAGCCUGCCAGACAGUCUGCAGCCUGACGGGGAACUAUCAGACACAUAUGUCUGCAUGCUGUUUAAUGAUGAGGUUCAUACUUAUGAACAGGUUAUCAGUACGCUACAGAAGGCAGUGAAUUGUUCACACAAGGAGGCCGUUGACUAUGCUACCACUGUCGAUAGGGAGGGUCGAAGUUCUGUAACAUACGGUUCAUUCGCGGAAUGCGAGAAGGCAAGAAAUCUUGUUGAGAGGCAGACAUCGCGCUAUGGAGGAAAGGCAUUGAAGGUUCAAGUGAUGCACACAGCCGUCGUGGCUCAUCAGCAGUUCGCUUUACGUAUGAUUGGCUGGCUGCAGACUAUCAUUGGUCGCUCAGAUGGUUUACGAAGUCUGUUCUGUCUUCUGAGUAUGCAACAGCAGGAAAACGAGAAAUCUCUCAUGGAAAUACUCCUUCUAGCAGAUACACGGCUAUGGAAAACUGCUAGAGUUCAGAGUCACCAGUUAAUGAUGGCUGGUGUUCUGAUGGACCAGGAAUGUAAAAAGAAAUUUGCUAUUAUCUUCACCAAGCACUAUAGCGAUCUGAUGAAAGCUUUCUGCCUAGACGAUCAUGAUCACGAUGUUUCCAUAGCGUCUCUCUCCGUUCAAAUUUUCACUGUUAUCUCGUUGGCUCGACUCUUGGUGUCCGAGCAUAAUCUGCUGUCUGUGAUUCUGCAAACCUUCCUACAAGCUUGCGAAGAAAAGAAAAAAGAUGGCAAGCUAAGUUUUGAGAGGGCUGGGACCCAAAUGUUCAAAAGAGCCUGCUUCUCUCUACAUGACCUCAAGUACGCAUUGCUGUGUAAGCCAGGCCCAGGUGAAUGGACAGACCAGUUCAGGAGAAGUUUUCUGGCAGGAUACUCUCACUUCCUGGAACUGCUCAAGCUCAUUGAGGGUAUGGACCAAGUGAAGCGUCAGACCGGCCAACACCUGGAGUUUGAGCCGGAGUGGGAGGGAGCCUUCAACCUUCAACUCAAACUAGAGGACAAUAUUGUGCUAUUCAUGGAGUGGUGUGCAAGUGAUAGACAAGUGUUGGUUGAGGCAUACAAUCUAACUGUGGAAGCCCUGAGCUCCUGCACAACUGUUGACAGGAACAAGAAAGAGAUAUGCACAGUUGCUGGACACAAGACUGAGUGUAUCAAGUUCGAUGUGAGCGCUCACCAUGUCUCUAUUCAUCUACCCGUGACGAGGAUGCUAGCUGGUCUGCACACACAUUUGGGAGAACAUGGUCUGGCAUUCGAGUCACCUGACUGCUCCCUUGUGCGGCCAGUGCCGAUUGAGUUGAUUGAGCUACCUCUAAGAGUUCUGGUCAUGGUUGCCCAGAGUAACGCCAACAUGUGGAGACGUAACGGAUACGCCCUAAUUAACCAGAUAUUUUUUUACCACAAUGUGAAAUGCCGAACAGAAAUGUAUGACCGGGACAUAGUCAUGUUACAGAUCGGGGCUUCUAUGAUGGAUGGCAAUGAUUUCCUCAUUCAACUUCUCAACAAGUUUGGACUCAUUGCCUGGGCAAAGGAAGAGUAUGAUGCUCCGGCGAGUGGUCAGGAGGACUCACUGAGACAGACUGUGCUGCUCGCUGAAGAGUUACUUGAUCUACUCAUCAUCAUACUUGGUGAGAGGUUUAUUCCAGGACUAGGGGAGGUAACUAAAGGUGAUAUUGUGAGAAGGGAGGUAAUUCACCAACUGUGUAUAUCACCACUGGCUCAUAGUGAACUGGCAAAAGCUUUACCUGAAGAUACUAACCAUGAAACCGGGUUAGAAGAAGUAGUUAAAGAUGUGGCAACAUUUAAGAAAGCGACGCCUGCCAAAGUGAGCCAGAGUGCAGGAAAGGGCAGGUACGAGCUGAAGCCCGAGUUCUAUGAGAGUUACAACCCCUAUUUCUACCAUUACACCAAGGGAGAUAAAUCAAAGUCAGAAGAGAUGCAGAUCAAACGUAAGAAGGCUGGAGAGAGUCAGGCCCUCCCUCCGCCUGUACCCCCAAAAUUCAAGCCCAUGUUUGCGCCCAUCGUGAACAUCCUGCAGUGUGAUGUAAUGAUAUUCCUUAUGGAGCUCGUCCUGUCAAGGGCCGCGGCAGUCCGGUCAAGGUCAUUGUCAGAGACUCAACUGGAGCGGGUCCUACAUCUGAUUUGCCUGGGCCUUCAUGAGCAGAAGCGUGCAGUAGAGGAGGGGAACCGGAGCUUUGACUUUCUGGCCAGAGUCUGUACCCCGGCUCGCAGCAAGAAAGGAGGUGAUCGGUGUAUACAGAUGCUACUGGAUUCCAUAGUGAACAGCCAAACAAUCACUCAUGACAGCAUAAGAGACCUGGUGACAUGGACAGUCAAGCUUUUGACUGAGGUUCGACAACUAAAAAAUGAACCAGUUGCCAUGGAAACUCGGGAGAAUGUAGCAACUCCCAGGGAUGCGAAGGCAGAGGCUGCACGCAAGAAGAAACAAGCUGCUGCAGAGAAAAGACGGCAGAAAAUUAUGGCACAGAUGUCAGCCAUGCAGAAAAACUUUAUAAAGGAGAAUGCUGAUCUGUUUGAGAACACAAGUACUGAUCUGUUCCCUAGGGUUGGCUCAGACAUGGAUCUGAGUGAUGUUCCCAGUAGCAGCUACCCAGUGGCUGUAGGGGCCAAGCGUACGAGGGUGACGGGAGCCCAGCCGCAGAUUGGCACUUGUAUCCUCUGUCAGGAGGAACAAGAAAUCACACACACAUCAAAGGCAAUGGUCCUAACAGCCUUUGUACAAAAGUCCACAGUGCUUUCACAACAACACGGUAAUGCGUUAAUCCACGGUGACGACUUUGACCCACUGUUUAUGAGGUCAGACCUGGGAACAGCAUGUCACUUGAGCUCCUGUGGUCACAUGAUGCAUGCAGACUGCUGGCAGAGUUUCUUUGAUGCAAUUCUGGCCCGUGAGAGGCGACGCCCGCUUCGGUUCCGCCACCACUACAGUUACGACAUUGAGAAGUUGGAGUUUCUGUGUCCUCUGUGUGAAUGUAUAAGCAACACUGUGAUACCGGUCCUGCCGGGGGCAUCGGGGACGGCAAUAGAUCGUUCUCCGAAUGUUCAGCUGAGUUUCUCUGAUUGGCUGGAUGGAAUUCACAAGACGGUUCUCAAUAGCGUCAAGGAACCGGACGAUAUCGAGAAGAAGACUGAUCAUAAUGAAGAGUCAAUCCUGUACCAGCCAUGCCCGUUGACAGCAGUGACGCGACUUAUGACCGACAGUGUGGCCUCAAACUUCAAGGCUCUGUGGGCUUACAUCCAGGACCCCAGCAGAGAUCUGCCAGCAGAAACCAGGGAAAUGCUCAGAAAAUUCUCAAGGGAUGCAUACUCAGUUGGGCUUGGGGUUGAGCCCGAUGAUGAGAAUCCGCGGGUGCCUAUCAUGGUGUGGAACACUUGUGCCUUCUCUAUCAUGUCUCUUGAGCAACAACUGCGUGAGGAGGGCAAGCCUUUGUUUGGCCAGCUGUCUAGCCGACAGAGCGACUGUAUGAGGUCCCUAGUCAAGGUUGCGGCAGCCCACAGCCAGACUGCCAACCCAGAACUGACCAAACAACACUGCAUUAAACUUCUAACAUUUUUAUUCCCGGACUCAAUCAAGGGUAAGACUUGCAUCCUAGAUGUUGACCUAUUCCACUACCUGGUUGCCAUGGUGAUGUCCCUUCCCAGCCUGCACCAGGAUGUGACCUCAGCUUCCUGUUUUGUAAAUACUCUCCCGGCUGGAGGUGUGAAUGAUCAACAUAUACUACAUCUUGUGUUGGCAGCACAUUUAGUGCAGGUUUUGUUGACAUUUGACGAGGGCAACUGUGGUAUGGAGGUGGAUGACGACUACGAGGGCGAGGCCUUGUUGAUUCAGUAUGAUCACCUUCACACAAUGGCCAAUUUACAAAAGGAGAGCACACCUCUGCCCUCGCAGUUAUCCGUCCAUGUGCGGCGAGCCAUGUUGCCAUUCCUGAGAUGUGCAGCCCUGCUGUUCCACAAUCUUACUGGGGUACAGGUUCCAGCUGACCUCACUGAAGUGGCGGAUGAACCAACCACCACUGAGUUUGACAAUGUGUGCAGGUACCUCGGCAUCAGUCACCACAUGUCACGACUACUGGAUAACCAGGGCGAACUUAUGUACAAUCUCGUCAACCGAUGGUGUAAGAACGGUGUUCUGAAGGACCGAUUCUCUGCGUCCAGUCAAGCCAUGGUCCAGUACCCACUGCCUAUAAACAAGCUCAUCCAACUGCCUGACGACUACAGCGAGCUUAUCAACAAAGUCUCAACUUUCACGUGCCCAAAGUCGGAUGGAGAUGACAGUCGAGCCCCUACAAUGUGUCUUGUGUGUGGACAAAUGUUGUGUUCUCAGAGUUACUGUUGUCAGACUGAGUUUGAAGGGGUCACAAUAGGGGCUGCAACAGAACAUGCCUACAAAUGUGGGGCAGGCUCAGCAAUUUUCUUAAGAGUGCGAGAGUGUCAGAUCCUCUUACUGGCCGGUAGAACAAAGGGUUGCUUUGUGCCCCCUCCCUACAUCGACAACUACGGGGAAACAGACCAGGGGCUCAGACGUGGAAACCCUCUUCACCUGUGCAAGGACAGUUAUGCCCAUCUGGAAAAGCUGUGGAUGUCACAUUCGAUCCCGGAAACCAUUGCCCACAACCUCGAGUCUAACGCCACGCUACUGACUAUAGACUGGCAACACCUAUAGGCAUCCUUCUGCCCGGAAACCAUCGCCCACAACCUCAAGUCUAACCCUACCCUACUUACUAUAGACUGGCAACACCUAUAGGAACCCUUCUGCCCAGCAACGAUUACUAACAACCUCGAGUCUAACUCAAUUUGCGUGCUCUGGACUGGCAAACCCUAUAGACACACUUCGACCUUUUAGUUGGUGUUAAAGUUGAAAAACUUUGAAUAUGGUGAUGCAUUUCAGAAUAAGUGACCAUAAGGUUUGCUCUGUGUCACGUAUGUAGUUGUGAACAACAUAAUGGAAAUGAAAUUAAUGAAUAUCAGAUUAUGGGCAUUGUUUUGGGUCAUAGGGUAACUGGUUUUGUUUUGGACUAUUUUGGUAAUGCUGAAGCAGUGAAUAAAGUGGACAAAUUAUUUGGAGAGCCAGAUAAUGUAAUCAGCAAUGGCAUGCUAUAUUAGCAUGCUAUAAAUGCCUGGUUUUUGCAUUUUGUGUCACUUUAAUGACUACUGUUAAAUAGAACAACGGGAGUUGCAUUAAUUUGUAAUAAAAACAACAAUUUAGUCACUUUUUUAUGAAUGAACUUUUGUCGUUACCUUAUGCGGUAUGGCAUGUGUUUAGCAUGCUAUCUGUUAAGACUUUGUAAACUGUACGUUAUCAUAUAUAAUGAUGAUUUUUUCCUCUUAAUACAAUCCUGUUAGCUAAGAAAAUUGUAUUUAUAACAUUAAAUUGUCCAUACAAGAUUCAGUAAUUAUCACACAAGGUGUUGAACUGAAGUCUGCUUACUAUUUGUUAUGUACCAUCAGUCUAAAGUAGAAAUAGCAUGAUUUGUUGUUGUACUAUUAUAAUACGGUCUUUAAAAUAUUUAAUAUACCUUUGAAUGACCUCAAAAUUCAAAAUUCUCGGGAUUUUUUUUAAAACUAUUUACAACAAGUACAGCUGCGUUUAAACACAAACCUUGACCCUUAAAAUGCUUUAAACGGGCUAACUUCAGGGGAACCUUGCCUCCUGUGACGCUCAUCAAGGUGCUGGAUAAAUUCACAAUCUUAGGCAUUUUGUCACUAUUUUCACAACUCUAAACGCCCUUACCUCAUUCAUAAAGGAGUGGAGAAAAAAAAACAAUGGUAGAUUGGUUAUGGAAAUGUGUAGAACUAGAAGUGUGAAUUUUUGUUUGUUUGUGAUUUGAAAUUGGAAGAAUUAAUACAGUUAAAACUUGCUAACGCCUGGAAAAUACUAACAAACUUUUGAUCUAACCAAAAUACAAAACAUGUCUAACUAAAUCCAAAAAAUUUGAAAAAAGUUCAUUAUAACCUGAACAUCAAGAUAGCAGAGUUCGACAUAGCGAGUUUAGACUGUAUGUAAAUACCCUUAAUUAUAACGUUAGCUUGAUUAUAUAUUGUUUGUAAGAAGUAUGAUCGCUCAUACGUGUAUUCUGUUGUUGCUUUGUAUAAACUUGUACAGUGUAUAAUAAUUACUGGAUUGUAAAAGUUAUAUGGCAGAAUGGCAUAAUACAGUGUAGUUGUUUAUGUAUCGAUCCUGAAAUUUAGUCUUUUUAAUCAGGAUUGAGCCCUCUUAACUUCAGACUACCUAUUGUACAGUUGUGAAGAUUGAUAUUGGCUCGCACAUCACAUUUGCAUCACGAACAGUAGGAACUUGAUGUACAUUGAAUUAAAUAUGAAUGACUUUGGAAACAUUAAAUUCAGAAGGCGUCUAAGCCCCUUUACUCUGUUUUGGGCAUGAAUCCUUUAUACUCAGUCAGACCCCUAGCUAUUUUUCAUUUUUUCAGGGCAUAAAUAAUUUGAAUUUAUACUCAGGCAGAGCCCUGGCUAUUUUUCAUGAUUGACAUUUGUCAUCUGUAAGAACCCCUAUUAAUAACUAGAUGAAAAUCUUAGAUUGAUUUUAUUUUUUAUUUGUUGGAGAAUAAAUAUUUCAUUUUACACUCCUAUUGGUUAGUAUUAACUUUCACUUCACUUGACAAUUAAUGUCUCGAAACUGGUGCAAAAAGAUCAAAACAAAAAAAAAUGAUUGAUUAUAUUGAUUUGCAGUUUGCACUUUAUUGACAAAUAAUUCAUAAUUCUCUUUUUCCAUCUUAUUUUGGUUUUUAAGGAAUGGCAUUCCUUGAUUCGAUUGUUAUACCAUAACAUAUCUUUUUUGUUUUAUUUUCUAUGGUCUAAUUUAACUGGCAAUGACGUCAUUUAGCUCAUGUAAUUGAGCAUCAGGCUUUUUUUCUGAAUUUGAAUUUUCAAUUUUGGCAAUUAGUUAUAUGUGAUAAAAAUAAUCAUACAUUCAUUGCCUUUAAUGUAUUUAAUAUAAAACUGUAUGAAACUUUAACAAAAAAAAUAAUCUUGAGCUCGUUUUAUUAUUUGUCCUAAACUUGUUUAAUAAUUGUAAUAAAUGGCAACUCACCUAUGAUCCUAUAUAUACCAGUCAUUGUUUAACUAAUCAAAUAUUGGUAAUAAACAAAUCCUGAAAUAGUCAACUAUUUGAAUCCAGCUUGAGGCUUCUCCCUGCUUAGGUAUUUAAGGAAUAAAUUAUGUCAGUGAAAAUACAAGAUCUGUUCAGUGGUUAAGUCUUGGUCCUACCACACGUUUGUUUCACCUCUGAUGUAAAAUUUGCUGCCACCACUCGCCAAGUUAUUGAAAUAAAUGACAAGCUUGAAGCACAAGUUAUGUAUGAUUUCAGUCAAUAGGAGAGUAGGUUUAGUAGAUGUUAAAUACCAUUUUUCCAAACUUACAAUAAAAUAGGUAGUGUGCAUGUAUUAAAAUAUAGUUUGUUUAUCUGCACACUGCUAAUUGCAUGCUACCUACAUGUAUGGCAGGGAAGCCUCUGAUAGUAUUAUUAAUGCAAAACAAAGUCAAACAUAACACUCUUUAAUAUGAUACAAUCUCUGAAAUUAAUACUUAAACAUAUAUUAACCAUUACCCGUUAUAUGCAUGUACAUAAUUAUGUCUUCUGUUGUUGUUUUUUCCUAUAAAUGUUUUGAUGGAAGAAUAUGUUAAUUAUUUUAUAUGAUUUCAAACUAUAUGCAUAUAUACUUAUGUACUGUAUGUAUGUAUGUUAUGCUUUAUAUUCCCAGUGGAUAUGCGCAAUACUUAUAUGAUAACAUGUAUUUUCUUCUUCACGAAUGAUAUUUAUUUGAAAAUUAAAGUCUGUUG